AUGACAAGUGGAAACCAAAAUGGCCAAGCAACGGACGAGGCGGAGGAAGAGAAUCGAGAUGACUUGUCCAUUUCACCAAAUGAGGAGGAGGGAAACGCUGAGGGAGGGGACUCCAGUGAGAGGUGCGCAGUGGAAUAUCCUCUUGGAGAAAGCCAAGGAGAAAUCAAGGUAAGGGUAGGCAACAAAGAAGCAAAGGAGGAAAAGGUAGCCAAAGAAAACGAGGUGAUGCCUCCGCACAAAGAUGCCACUUCAUACGAAGCCACUCUCCAAAAGGAGGAUGGUUGUGCGAAUAGUGAUAACGCAAAUAAAGAUGACACAAAAGAAUUGGUAAUUCAAGAAAAAGGGGAAGGACAGUCCAUCGUGCAGUUAAACGACGGUGAAAAUGCAACCGGUGAAAAUAGGUACGGUGAAAGUGCAACCGGUGAAAAUGCAACUGGUGAAAAUGCAACCGGUGAAAGUGCAACCGGCGAAAGUGCAACCGGCGAAAGUGCUACGGAAGACGCCCCCCUCAGUGAUAUCUCCUUCAGCGAGGAUUUCUUCGACCAGGCGUCUCAAUUUCAAAAGGCCCCAGAAGACCCGAAGGAGCAGAACCCAAACCAACUAGCAGAUUUAUACAAGGAGAUGAAAAAAUGCGAGGAUCUCUUUUUGAGCCACUUCGAUUGCACAGGAGAUGACUCCAAAACAAUGGAGAUGAUAAGAAUCGGGGUGGAAGCAAAUGAAGAGAGACAAGAAAAGAAAUGUAAAGUGAAUAUCCCCCAGAUUAACUUCACUUCCAUGGAAGCCAUUUCUCAGUUCAUGGUGAACGAGGACAUGUACGACAAUGAUGAUCCACCCAUCGAACGACAACUUUUCGAGCACGUCAAACAAUUCACGCAAGAGCAGAAAAAAAAAAAUAAAAAGAACAAGAUGAACAAGUACUACCUUGGGGUUAGGAGUUAUCUGAAUACCUUACCGCCCAGUAUGCACCAAAAAAUUUUUAGGGAGUACCGGAAAAACUUUUAG